AUGGGCACUACACCUCUCGACGAGCAAGUCCCUCUGCCUGGGCAGUGGCCGGUGGAUCCUCAGGAGGAUAUCCCGGUCUCCGAGGACCGAAUCUGGGUCGACGGAUGCUUCGACUUCAGCCACCACGGCCAUGCGGGUGCCAUGCUCCAGGCUCGUCGCCUGGGCAAAGCUCUGUUCGUGGGAAUUCAUUCUGACCAGGCAAUCCUGGAAAACAAGGGUCCAACGGUGAUGUCGCUAGAUGAGCGAGUCGCGGCCGUCGAAGCCUGUCGAUGGGCUACUCAAAGUGUUCCCCAUGCCCCAUACGUGACCUAUUUGCCGUGGGUCUCUCAUUACGGCUGCCAGUACGUGGUACACGGCGACGACAUCACCUCCGACAGCGAUGGGAAUGACUGCUACCGAUUUGUCAAAGCCGCAGGUCGCUUCAAGGUGGUUAAACGAACUCCUGGAAUUUCCACCACCGAUCUUGUCGGGCGGAUGCUUCUUUGCACCAAGAACCACUUUGUUAAAUCCGUCCGAGAUACCCUCGCGGGAGAGGAGGGAUCGGGCAGCCCCGAGGAGCGCAAGAUAUUCGCCGACGAUCUUUUGCAGCGGAUCCGAGACUAUGCGACUGACGAAAGCGGCCUCCAGCCGGGACCCCAAGUGUGGACGUGGGCGGGCUCUGGAAGAGCGAAGAUUGAUAAUGAGGCAGGGGAAGCUGGAUCUUUCGCGAGUCUGGUCGAUGGCAAGGGCCCUAAGCCCGGUCAGCGGAUUGUCUAUGUGGAUGGGGGUUUCGACCUUUUCUCGUCCGGCCACAUUGAGUUCCUCCGAAAGGUGAUGGAGCUUGAAGAGGCUGAAGGCCGUCAGCGAGGCUGGUAUGAGCCGGAACAGCAGGAGAAGCGAGUCCGGGAAUACAAUGAAGACUAUGCCCCGGCAUAUAUCGUUGCUGGCAUCCAUGAUGACGGCGUGAUCAAUCACUGGAAGGGGUUGAACUAUCCAAUCAUGAACAUCUUUGAGCGUGGUCUUUGCGUUCUUCAGUGCCGCUUUAUUCAUGCCGUGGUCUUCUCGGCACCCUUCACCCCCAGUCAGCCUUACUUGGAGGCCCUGCCGCUGGGUAAGCCAGAUGUCGUCUACCAUGGUCCGACUACCUUUAUCCCUUUGACGUAUGACCCCUACACCGACCCGAAGAAAAUGGGAAUCUUCCAAGAGGUCGACCAACAUGCCUUCCAGCAUGUCAACGCGGGCGAGAUUGUCGGCCGUAUCCUGAAGAGCCGGGAAGCAUACGAAGCUCGGCAACGAGCGAAGUUGGCGAAGGGCGUGGCCGAGGAUCUGGUGAAAUCCAGAGAGCAGGCGUCGUCCGCCUAA